GAAGCCUUCAGGGUGACCCAUGAGGUUUAGCAUUAGCGUUAGCUUCAGGAGCUAAUUGUAGUCUGACUUGUUCUGACAUGAAGAAGCAGAGAAACACAUGCGCCAGUUUUCCACCGUCUCUGCUUCUGUGUCAGCAGUUUACAGUGUGUUUCUGUCCAUCCCGAUGCUCUCUGGGUGACUCUCAGGAAACAAAGUGCUUUGGUCAGUGCUAAACAUGUCGGCACAAUGAAGAACAUUAAGUCAUCAUUAAGGCAGAACUCUUGGUUUGGAUUGCUGGAUGGGGCUGAGGAUGACCUUUGACCCCUGAGCUUCAGCAUCACCUGCCCAUCUACCUGCAUCACCAUGGCAACAAAAGGUUUGGGUCUGGUCCUGGUGGAAUUCCAGUAUGAGUACCAGGGUCGGGAUGGGGAAUUGGUCUCCAUCAAACCUAACGAGCGUUACAUCCUGCUGGCUAAGACCAAUGACCACUGGUGGCAGGUCCAGAGUGACCACAGCUCCAAGCCCUUCUACAUCCCUGCAAAGUAUGUCAAGGAGCUGCCACUGGAUUUCCCCUCGCCUCUGGACUUUGCAGAUCAACCCAGCCCAGAACCAGUACUGCUUCCUGUGGCAGCACCAGUCCUGGUCCCUGUCCCCAUCCCUGUCCCCAUUCCAAAGACUCUCGAAGAGCCCAGCGGGACCAAAACCAAACCAGGGGAUGAGGUGACCAUCAGGCUAAGGCCUGAUGCUUCCACUGGAUACCGCAAGACCGAGAACCGCAUGUCCACAUUUGGUGUCCCGCUAGACUUCCAUGACUUCUCAUCUCUAGUGGUGCCGACACCACGUCAAACCAGCAACUCUCCUGUUGGUCCAGCAGAGACCAGGACUACAGCCACCAGUGGGACUACAAACAUGGUCGAAGAUGGUGUGAGUAAGAAGCACCGUUCAGGGUUCCUGGAUGACCACAUGGACUCUGGGAAACAUCAUGUUCCCAGUUUCAGUCCAGCAGACCCCCUCUCCACACCCCGGUCCCAGACCCAGCCCAUCCCCGUAGAGACACCGAUGGUCCCUGUGGUCCCCACUUACAAUGACCGAAACAGCACAUCCUCACCAGCCACAGGUCAUCAUGACAACCAGGAGUCACCAAUAGAGCCAGAGGAGGAGGAGGAGGAGGAGGAGGAGGUGGUGGUGGAGGAGAGCACUGGAGAGGAGGAUUCACUGAAGGAGGAAGAUUCAAACCACAUCUAUGAGUCUAUCCAGGACCUGAACCUGGACCUAGAGGCUCUGGUUGGAGGAAGAGUGAGUCCUGGAGCUCCGCCAAAAUCUGAACCUGCACCAGCCCCGUCCCCCAUACAGGACCAGAGCUCACAUGACCCUCACUCGCCCAUCUACGCCAACAUCUCCAGUGUGAAGAAAGCAUCUCUCCCUCAGGUCUCCCUCCCCUCGUCGCCUCCAGCUGACCACGCCCCCUUUGUUCCAAACCACACACCCCCAUCUUCUGUCUCCUCUGGAGGGAUGAUAAGCCCCGCCUCUCCCCCGAGUCCCCAGGAUGGAUGGCAGGUGCACACUGACCAGGACAGCGGGAAGGUGUUCUAUUUCCACCCUGUAACCAGAGAGACCACCUGGUCCGACCCCCACGGCGUCCCACCCCCACCUGCUCGAGACAUGGACCAGUCCAAAGGGAUUGAGGAGGGACAGCCGACCUCUCCCUCCCCUCUGCUGUCCCCUGCCUCCUCUCAGGGUUCUUGUGGUUGGGAGCAGCUGGUGGAUGAAGUGUCAGGGAGAGUUUACUACUACAACCCCACCUCAGGAGCCACAUCCUGGACUAUACCUGAACCACUGGUCCCCACAGCCAACAGGAGGCACGACAGCCCGCCUCCGCUGCCAGAGGAAGAUUAUCCUGUAGACGUACAGAACGACAACGACGCUGUCUUCACAACGAGUCCUCAGCAGCACAGGAUUCCCAGAGCUCAGCUGGACCUGAAAGAUGGAAACAGCUCCAGGUGGAGGCUGCAGGAGUUGACACCUGUGCCCCAAAGGCUGAUGGGAAAUGGAGUUUCUGAGGAGGGAACAACUGUGCAGGUCAGGAGCUGGAGGCACAGCGUGGCUGAAGACACGCCUGCUCUGGGCCACAGGAGGAACGUCUCUGACUUCACUGACGUGUCCAACAGAAGACACUCCCCUGACAGUCCACAGCUUUCUGAUAGGCACAAACUGAAGAGGAAUCUGUCCAAUCGGAGCACUGGCUCCCACCAGCUGCAUUGCCAUCUGUUGGAGAAAGCAGGAAUCAUCAACAAGACCAAAGUAGCCGAUGGUGGUAAAAAGAUCAGGAAGAACUGGAGUCAGUCCUGGACGGUCCUCCAUGGGGGGAUCCUUACCUUCCACAAAGACCCCAAAUCUGCACCCACUGGGAAUGCAAAUAAAUCAUCACAGAUUAUCCCGGAAUACACCGUCGAUCUCAGAGGAGCUUCGGUGGGCUGGGCCUCCAAAGACAAGUCCUCCAAGAAGAACGUUUUAGAGCUGAAGACCCGUCAGGGCUGCGAGUAUCUGAUGCAGUACGACACUGAGAGCAUCAUCAGUGAUUGGCUCAAAGUGAUACAGGACACCAUCAGACAGCUGGACCAGGACCAUCUUUCAGAGGACGAGGACGAAGCUGCUUCGGACAAAGAGGACAAAGACAAGAAGAGGACAUCGACCAGGAGUUCAUCGGGAGCAGCCGACUCCGAGCAGAGACGAGUUCGGACCAAACUACGGCGUUUCCUCCAGCGCAGGCCGACGCUGCAGAGCGUUAAAGAGAAAGGUUACAUCAGAGACAACGUGUUCGGCUGUCACCUGGACACACUCUGUCACAGGGAAAACACCACCAUUCCCAGAUUUGUGGAGAAAUGCAUCAGAGCGGUGGAGAGGAGAGGUCUGGAUGUGGACGGGAUCUACAGAGUGAGCGGAAACCUGGCUGUGAUCCAGAAACUACGACACAAAGCUGAUCAUGAGGAGCAGCUCGACCUGGAGGACGGUCAGUGGGAGGAGAUCCACGUCAUCACAGGAGCCCUGAAGCUCUUCCUGCGGGAGCUGCCUGAGCCGCUGUUCCCCUUCAGCUGCUUCGACAAGUUCAUCGCUGCCAUCCAAGUCCCAGACUACAGCCUGAGGGUGUCCUACAUGAGGGACCUGGUUCGCUCUUUGCCUCUGCCGAACCAUAACACCAUGGAGCUGCUAUUCAAACACCUGCGCAGAGUGGUUGAGCACAAGGAGUCUAACAGGAUGUCCGUUCAGAGCGUUGCCAUUGUCUUCGGUCCCACGCUGCUCCGCCCCCAGACUGAAUCAGCCAAUAUGACAAUCCACAUGGUGUUCCAGAGCCAGAUAGUGGAGCUUAUGCUCAAUGAAUUCCUGACCAUCUUCUCUCAGACAUAGGGACAACAUCCUGGAGCCCUUCUGGGAACCUCCAGAAGCCUGUGAGGACUUCCCGGGAGCACCUGAAAACAUCAUAAGACCUACCAAAAGUCUUGCAAAGUGUCAGAAAACGUUCUCAGACUUUUGACAUGAGCAUCACCUCUUCUUGAAGCCAGUUCACCAGUGACUGAGCUUGGCAUCUGCUGGCUACAUGACGUCCCUUUAAACACUGUGCCUUAAAUGACCCCCCAAAAAAACUCAGGAACCACCUAGAACACAGGACAGGCUUCGGAACCUGAAAAGCAGCUUUACUCUUCAAGGCAACAGGCCGAAAGGAACAUAUUUCUGUGGCACAAACCACAAAACAUCUCAGUUUGAGUAAGAACUCUUCGGACUAAUUUCUGUAAACGCCACGUCGUAGCCUCACUCGGUGUGCCGUCCACAGCACUUUCUGAUUGGUUACAGGUCAGGGGUCACAGCCAAUCACCAA